AUGCUAGCAGGAUACGUCUUCUGUUGCACUGGCGUAGACGGCGACCUCAAGUCGUCCAUUGUGGCCAAGUGUCGCGCCAUGAAGGGUGAGAUCCAGGACAAUCUGACACCUGACGCCCACUUUCUGCUGGUCGGAAACCAGGACAGUGAAAAGUAUCUGUUUGCUUCACACCAGCGACUGGAUAUGACUUUCCUACAUCCCCAGUUCAUCGAAAAGCUCCAUGCGCGUUGGAUCGCGGCCGAGACCAUCGAUCUGGAUAACGUGAUACGCGAAUUCCGCAUGCCUGUAUUCUUCAACAAAAACCUGAGCGUGUCUAACAUUGAGGAGCGACAACCGAUGAUUGACACGAUAGAGGAGAAUGGAGGCAUAUUUGACGGAAACGUCAAGACACUCGUGACCAACAUUUUGGUGACUCCCAAAGCACAGGGCAAAAAAUACGACUUUGCCAUGAGAAAAAGCAUUCCUGUCGUUCAUCCUAUUUGGAUCGAACAUUGCAUCAAGAGAGGAGCCAUGUUGGAUACCAGCGACUUCCACCCUGCCAAGGAAGGAGUCGAGAACUCAGACACAGCGUGGUUUAAAGAUAUGCAUCCGGAACCGUGGAGGGAGGUGGCUCGAGUGUCGGAGGAGGUUGCGCGGCAACAGUUUCGAAGACCAAAGGUGCUCAAGGCUGGUCUGUGGGAUAGUCAUAACAGUAUCACCGAGUCGCGUGCAGGGAUAGAAGCACCGUUUUUCGACGAGGAGGAGCAAGACACGUCGUCAUCACGUGAGAAUGGCAGAUCGCGUCACUCAACAGGCAUCUUUGCUGGUCAUUCGAUUUUGUUUGUUGGGUUCAUCAAGAAGCAGCUUGAGAAGCUUCAACAGACAGUGGUUUCACAUGGAGCUACGCUGGCUUCUUCGGAAACCACGGCAACCAAUAUUAUUGUGCAUCCUGAGAUUCCUUCAGAUCGAUACGAUCUUCUGGCAGCUUCAUGUACCACGCCCAUCUCGACAUUCUGGCUGGUGGAGCGUUCCAUAUUCUACAAAAAGUGGACUAGUGAUAUAUGGUCUUCCUAUGUGCCUGAAAAGGAUCUGGUUGCGUUCUCCAACGUCAAUAUUUCCAUUUCCGGCUUUGAUGGAGUAGAGCUGAUGCAUAUUGAAAAGCUCAUUUCCAUGUUAGGAGCCCGAUACAAGCCCGUUUUCGGCGAGAAAACAGGCAGUGUGCUUGUGGCUGCGUCGCCUCAUGCUCGCAAGGUGCGGAAUGCACAGAAAUGGAUGAUCCCAGUGGUCUCUAUCGACUGGUUGUGGGACUCUGCUGUGGCGUCCAAAAUCAUGGAGGUUGAUCGGUACAUUGUUGGAGGAAGCCGAGUGUUCCAUGAGAUGCGUCACUUCGACAGUCGAGGAAACAUGGUGGAUAUGAUGGGAGACAAAAACGCCACCCAAAGAGGACUGUCUAGAAAACGCCGUAUGGUUGACAGCCCUGUCAAACACAGGACAUCCACUGGACCCUCUGAGUCGCCUCUCAAGAAGCUGUCUUCUUUCGGAAGUCCUAGCCCUAAAAAAAUGCAGCAGCAAGUCCAAAAGGGCAGUCCUAAAAAGACCCACAAGGGUCUGAAGGUGACGGUAGAGAAGCUUACAAGACAGUGCUCAAAGGCUGCUGUGUUGGAAGAGCUUUUGGGAUACACUACAGACGUCAGUGAGCUGGAGAGCAGUCAGAAGAUCAUGUGCGACGAUUAA